AUGGCAGCCCUCCUCCCCUUCGCUGAGGGGCCAGCACCGCAGCCGGGACCCUCAGCGGAGGCCCAAGGAGAGGCAGAAGGACACGGGUUCCUGUAUGAAACCUCCGGGGUCUGGCCGCGGUUCUCCUGGCAGGUCGCCUCCUUUGGUGCUUCCCCCACGACCCCCACCCGAUUUGCCCUGGCGGGCGUCCACGCGCUCGUCGUCUCCUGGAGCGACCGUGACCUGAAGGACGCCAUGCAAGAGUCCCAGGGGCAGCAGUUCGUGUAGCGAGGGUCCCCAUCCCCUUCGGCUCAGCAGGAAAUCUGCACGCACAUCUUGAACCAGUUUGGCUACUGCUCGUGAGCGGCACCUUCCUUGGGGGGGGCCCUCGGCUUUUCCUGGGAUGGCUCAGCUGUCUUCCCAGAACCACCCGUCAUUAGGAUAUAUCCCGGCACGAUUCGUCCCGUCACUCAGCACAUCAGAUACUACGCCAUGGCCCUACUGAACAACGUGAAGGAGCGGGCCGCCUGGUUCCAAACACCGCACGUCCUCUGGCCCUGGGGCUGUGACAAGCAGUUCUUCAACGCCUCGCUCCAGUUCACCAACAUGGACCUUCUGAUGGAAUUCAUCAACUCUAACUCUGCCUCCAAGCUUGGCAUCUUUGUGGAGCACGCCACGCUGGCCGACUACUUCCGUGCCGUGCACACUCACAAUGUCGCCUGGAACAUCCACGACCGGGACUUCCUGCCCUAUUCCUCAGAUCCAUUUCAGGCCUGGACCGGCUUCUACGCAUCCCACAGCAGGCUCAAGGGGCUGGCGAGGCGAGUCAGCACACUGCUGUAUGCCGGGCAGUCCGUGUCCACUCGCUACGUGUGGCCGGCCCCCCAGCAGCACCUGGGCCUGGACCGGGCCCUGAAGCAGCUGCAGUGGCCCCCUGGGCGGUCUCCGAGGCACCUGGCGAGAGGGAAGGAGAGCCAGCACCUGGGAGGUGAGCGGGUGCUCUGGAGAGGCGGGUCCCGAUCCCAUGCUUCCCCUACUCUGGUCGGGCUACGGGUGCAGCACCACGACGCCAUCCCUGGGACUGAGACGCCCAAGGUGAGGGACAUGUACGUGGAGAAUCUGAGCGCGGGGAUGCACGGCGUGCGCAAGCUGAUGGCCUGCAUCGUCCAGGACAGGACCCCAGCCCACUCGGACCCAGAACGUGGGGGACACGUUGUCAUGGUCUUCAACCCCUUGGCCUGGACGGUCACCACCAUCAUUACCCUGACUGUGGACUCCUCCUGGGUCAGCAUCACCGAUGCGUCAGGCCACCCGGUGCCUGCACAGGUCCAGAAAUCAAGGGAGAAACAACCUACAUACGACCUGCAUGUGCUGACCAUUCCAGGCCUCAGUUACCGGCACUACGGCAUCAGGAGCACCGAGGGGACCCAGACGGGCAUCCACGAACCAGUUGCCACCAUAGUUAGUUCCACCCAGUUUGGGCGCAGGCCGUGGACGUGCACUGGUCCAGGGAUCAGGCACCUGUUGCCGGUGAAGAAUGACAUUAACACCGUGUUCCUGGACUGUGACACCAACCUGAUGCGCAGCAUGUGGGAGAGAGAGAGUAACCGCACAGUGCAGGUGACCCGGGAGUUCAUGGUCAACAAUGCUAUGGAUCCGCAGCCCAUUUCUAAUAACUACACGUCUGCACCCAAUGAGACCGCGAAGCGCCCCCGGAAACCAGUGGGGAUGCAGAUUGUGGCGGGGGAGCUCAGGACCGAGAUCCGGCAGUACCCCUACAGGUGCACUCGGGGACAGGAUCACACAUAGGCCAUCUACUCCCGACUCACCCACGUCCCACGAAGCCACAGCAGAGAGCUGCUCUGCCGUCGCAUCGAGCAGGAGUGCCGUGGGGGGGGGGGGGGGGGGGCCUUGCAGCUGAACCGCGAGGCCAUCCUGAGGACCAGCGCCAGUCUACACAACCGCCGGGUCCUCUCCUCGGACAACAGCGGCUGCCGGAUGCAGCGGAGGCACUUCCGGAAAUACACGAACAACAUGAACAACAUCACUCGGGCUCCCCUCGCGGAGAGCAGGUGCAAAGUGCCGGGUCCAGACUGGAGGACUGGGGCUCAGAGGGGUCCUCACUGCCGCCCUCCUUCUGUCCCUGAAGGCCAUGGAGGAAAGGCCAAGGCAGACCUCCGCUGCGUCCUGCUGUGGCUCCACCACCUGUGUGAGGUCGGGGGGGACCCGGUUCUGUCUCAGCCUGUGAUGGUGAAUCUGAAGGUCGUGCUGGGAGGGCUGGGUCCCAUGGUGGCCGUGGAGGAGCGCUCACUCAUGGGGACCUUGGACGUGAGCACCCUGUACCGCUGGAGCUGGAGGACACAGGAGCGUUCCCACCACAGAGGUUGGGGACCCCCCGGCUCAGGCCGUGCCCGGGAACCCCAGCUGCUCCAGCCUGGCUCAGGAGCUGGGCAGCCCUGGGUCAGAUCCCAGCUCUGCCCCUUACAACCUGUGUGA